GAAUUGGAGUUUUCAUCGACAGGUCCUGUAUCCUUCCUCCUCACUCGCGCAGGAGGGAGGGAAAUAAAAUAGUCCUGGAAGGAUGUCUGUCCCAGCGGUCGAAAUUUCUGCAGCUCCACAAGGGUGAUUUCUGUCAGCAGGUAAGACUUCCAGUUUCAAAGAUGCCGCUCUUUGGGAAAAUUGUUGUUAUUAAACGGAAUGGGACCGAUGGAAUCCAUUUUCCACUCACUGCAAGUUCUUGUUUAUUUGGAAGGAAAACAGAGUGCGAUAUCCGCAUACAGCUGCCUCAAGUCUCAAAAGAACAUUGUAAAAUUGAAGUCAAUGAGAACAAGGAGGCAAUCUUGAUUAAUUUAAGUACUGUAAAUCCAACGCAAUUGAAUGGUAACAGUUUUCAGCAACCUGCACAUCUGAAGCAUGGAGAUGUGUUCACUAUUGUUGAUCGUUCUUUCAGGUUUGAAUAUCUGCCUCAAUCAACGCCAAGAAAGAGACUUUCUAGAACUCCAAAAAAUGAAACCCUACAGGUUCUUCAUGUUCAGCAGGUGGCAGAAGUGGACUUACAGAGCCCAAGAUCUAAAAGUCCUCAGACCUCUGAUAAAAUCAUAGAAUGUGAAGGCCAAAAUUUUGGUGAAAAGGACAAGAAAAGCACUGAGGAAGAUAUUUCCAGAGUUGUACCAGCCAAACAACAUGCAACACCUAAAACAACAUACAGAACAGCUAAAUCUAACAGAAGAGAAAAUGAGAUGUCUCCUUUUAGCAAACUUUAUGAAUUGUUGAAAAAUGAGAUUGAUGUGAAAACACGGAAAGAUGGCAACGAAGAGAUACCUAUGCCACGACAAGCAGAGACUAAUGCCCAGCAAAUUUCAUUAUUGAUAUUUCCAUCUGGUCAAGAGACCCAAACUAAGGAAAAAGAGGCAAUCGUUGGUGAAGAUAUUGAACAGUCUGAAGUUAAAGAACAAGAAAUACACAGUGUGGAACUUAAACAGAUUUCUACUGAAGGAAAUAGUUCUAAGAAGACCAAUGAAAUAAGUUCUGCAAAUUCAGGUGAACCACGGACUGGACAAGAUCCAUCAUUAGGAGUUAAAGCAACAGAAAUUUCAAAUGAAAUUCAAAAGAAAGAUGUAGUGUGCAGUAGAGUUGAUGGGAAUGAAUCAUGUAUUUUGGGGAAAAGUAAUAAAUAUUCAAAGCAAAAGAGAAAUAGUAAACAGCUUACACCAAGAAAAUCCUUAAAUGCAGAAGAAGUGCUAAAAGAAAUUCAUGAUGAGACUUACUCUGUUAGCAUAACUAAGGAGAGAGAUUCUGAAACUGUUGAAUUUUCUCCUGGGUAUAGUAAUUCCAAAAGCCCCAAAGGGAGUGUUAGACAGGGUAAAAAAAUUUCAAAUAAAAGUCCAUCAUCAGAAUUAUUAACUCCGGAAAGGUUAACAUCGAAAGAUGCAUCUUCUGCUAGCGGUAAAUAUCACUCUGGAGCGCAAAGGGGAAGACGAAUGAGCUCUGGAAAGAUGGCUGAAGAAACGUUGGAGGGAGAUUCAUCUCAAGAACCUGACAAGAAUGUAGAUAUUAAAGGUAGUGAUGUUAAAGAAACGCUGACCACAGAGAACUACCAACAGAAAUUAGAGGUGGAAGAUGCUAAUAUUGUACUGGGUCCUCACAGGUUGUCAUCAAAAAGAAGGUGCUCUGAAAGUGUUGCACUUCUGAGAGAUGAUGAAGUUGCAUCAAAAAUAAAUAUUUCUAGCCUACCUACUGAAGACAAAAAGUCAGGGGAGACAAAGAGGUUACCUCAAAAGCGGAAAAGUGGAGAACUUGAGUUAUUACAUCAGCCUUUUGGGAAAAGAAAGAGAGUGUCCUUUGGUGGUCAUCUCAGUCCUGAACUUUUUGAUAAAAGUCUGCCACCCAAUUCACCACUUAGAAGAGGUGCAAUUCCAGCAAGGUUAAGCUUACCAUUUGGAAAUUCACCUCGUGCAGUUCUGAAGAAGGGCCAGGGAUUCAAACGUCUUGUAAUCAAGGAUCUUUCAGAGCAUUUGCAGAGACAAAAAUCAUCACAAAGAAACUUGCCUGCCAGGAGGUCCCCGGCUCCCUCGCCGCCUGCCAAGAGGUCCCCGGCUGCCUCGCCGCCCGCCCUUAAAAAAGCGUCACCUAAGCUCACUGCAAACUCCCCAUCAAAUACACCAUACACAAAAGGACGUUUCUCUGUUUCUCACAUUAGCACACCAUCUCCUACUUCAAAGGAGCAGGGUACUGCUGCAACAGAAGUUAAGGAAAGCGAGAGAGAUUUUACUGGAGUCGAGACACCUGAAUCUUUUCAUAUUAACCAGGAACAUCAGAUGUCUGUGCCAACUACACCUAAACAAUUAAUAAGGCGUAGUAUAAGGUUUUCUGCGAAGAGAACUCCCAUGAAGAGGAGGAGUGAUGCUGUGGAAACAAUUCAUUCUAAAAGAAGAAGUGGUGCUUCUAAAGCCAAUUUGCUAGUUGCAAAAUCUUGGGCAGAAGUGGUGAAGUUGGGUGUUGCAAGACCGCAAGUAAAAGCUGUUAAAAAAUGUGUUCUCAAAGGAAAAUCAGCCAAGAAGUUAACAAAAUCACCCAAGACUCCAGCAAGAAAAGUAAAGGGUCAUUUUAGUACAGGUCAUGCAGAUUCUCCAGCUACCAUAGUGAUAGGAAAAGCUCAUACCACCACAGUGAAGCUGGUUGGACAGGCCCCUAGAGUGGUGAAGAAUUGUGCUUUGAAACAAAACAUGGAUAUAAAUGAAAGCUUCACAGGAAUGACUGAGAUGUUUAGAACUCCAGUAAAUGAAAAUCAAAAAAGUCCAUCUUUAUCUGCUGCUCACAAGACUGAUCUUACACCAUCAUGUGCUAAAGCAGAAGGCUCUGAGGUACACACUCCAGAGGAGUCUGGAGAGAUGGUAAUAUCACCAUUAAGUACAUCCGGCAUGUCACAACAGAGAAAAGAUAGUCAAGAUGUUGUAUCUCGCUUCCUGAGACUGGAGAAGUCUCCAAAUUCUGCUUUUGUGGCUGCUAAGUUAAAGCAGACUCCUAAAAAAGAGAGAACUGUACUGGAAGAGAAGGUGGAAAUGAGUAAUCCGUUAGUAAUGCCAGAAAAGCAUAUAACUGAGGUGACAGUGAGAGCUAAAAGGCUUGUGAAGACUCCAAAGCAAAAGAUCAAACCCGUCGAGGCUCUCUCAGGCGUCAAAAGGCUCUUGAGGACUCCAAAGCAAAAGACCGAACCCGUCGAGGCUCUCUCGGGCGUCAAAAGGCUCUUGAGGACUCCAAAGCAAAAGACCGAACCCGUCGAGGCUCUCUCGGGUGUCAAAAGGCUCUUGAGGACUCCAAAGCAAAAGACCGAACCCGUCGAGGCUCUCUCGGGCGUCAGAAGGCUCUUGAGGACUCCAAAGCAAAAGACCGAACUCGUCGAGGCUCUCUCGGGCAUCAAAAGGCUCUUGAGGACACCAAAGCAAAAGACCGAACCCGUCGAGGCUCUCUCGGGCGUCAAAAGGCUCUUGAGGACUCCGAAGCAGAAGAUGGAACCUCUUACAGAUGAAAUUGCCUUAAAAAGAUUACUAAAGACUCCAGCACAAAAAAAGCAAGUAGUAAAUGAUCUGGUGGGAGUCUGUUUUAUGAAGACAACACAAAAGCAGAAAUGUCAGCCAGUAGAAGACAAGAUAGGGAUCAGCCAUAUUAUGAAAACAUCUAAUCAGAGAAUCCAAUCAGAAGAUAUGGUAGGAAUCAAAAGGCUAUUGAAGACAAAGGAAAGAGUUGAACCAGUAGAAGACAUGUUUGGUAUCAGCAGACUACUGAGGACACCAAGGGAAAAAUAUCUACCAGUUGAUGACUAUGUGGGAUUGCAAAAACUUAUGGCUGAGCCUAAACAAAAAUAUUCAAAUUCUGAACUGGAUUAUGUUGGUGUUAAAGAAAUUUUUGAUACACCAAAGGAAAUUAAGGUCAAAGUUACGGAUCUCAUGCAAGAAAAUAAUUCUCCUCAUAUUGAUCCUAAACAUGAACGUGAAUCUAGAGGAAAUUAUGAAAGAGAAGAACUGAAGCAAGAGAAAAGAAUGGAAGAUUCACUUGAAAAAACAUCACUCCCAUUUGUGAGAUCUAGGAAUAGAAACAUUAAAAAUGAACAAGAAUUGCAAGAAAACUUUGAACAUGCAUGUAUUUCACCUAAGGAGUCAGAAAUUGUGAAAAAUAUAGAAAAUAUUGAAAAAGAAAAAAUAAGUGAUGGGUCUCCGACCGAGAGCCAUAAUCUCUCAAAUUCAGUAAUCUCUCUUUUACUUACCAAAAUGGAUCCAGUUCAAGAACCAGCUAUGCAAUGGCAAAGAGAAUCUAGUAGCAGUAAAAAUGUAAGAGGGCACCCUCUGCAAACAGGGCUUAUAGCACCUGAAGAUAAGUCUGAUCAAGGUAGUGUAGAAAAUAAUGAAAAGGUGGCUCUGUCAGUUAGGAAGAGGUCCAGAAGGGAGAAAAAAUUAGAAAUGCUAGAAUCAUUAGUUCCAGCUAAAAGAACCAGAAGAGGGAAAACUGAAGAUAACAAACAGGAAUUUACAGAGGAACACGAUGCAAAAGAAAAAUCCCAAAGACAGACAACAAGGAAUCCUUGUAGAGCAGAAACAGUAAAGUGUGUACAAACAGAUGAACAGGAUUUUGCCAACAGUACCAUUGAGGCUGCUGCAGUAGAAGAAUCUGAAAUCGAUAAACCAACCCUUGAAAUUAUGGUAACAGAGAUGAAAGGAAGAAAAUCUUUGAGAGUAAAAUCUAGAAAGCAAUUAGAGGAAACAAAGAAAGUAAGUACAGAGAUGGUACCUGAAAACAUAACAAGUGUCCAGGAAGCCAAGAGAACAUCAAAAGAAACUGUAGUUAAAACACACAAAUCUAUAAAAAAUGAGACAAAAGCAGCUCAGGGAAAUAAGGAAGCAAAAACAGGUCAAAGCUUAAAGUUAAAGGAGUCACAUUUUGAAAACACAAAUGACGCACCACUUGAUGUUUAUAGCUCGCAAGCAAACAGGAAUUCAAUUAAAAAAACUAAUCAAACACAUGGAAAUAACACAGGUCAAAAAGGUAUACUGGACAUUAAGGAAGGUGAAUUUGCCAAAAAUGAAAAAAUGAUACCACAAAAUAUAUCAGAAACUGAACCAGAGACAAUUUCUACAAAGGAUUCUCUAGGAUCUCUACAGACAGUGCAAAGUUCCAAAACCAAGAAAGCCCAAAACAAUCCAACUGCUGCAAUGGUAUAUGAUGAGAGAACUGUUCUUAGACACGGAAAGAGGAUAAGGAAAGGUGAUGGCAAACAGGAAGCAUCCGAAACCAAACAAAUUGAGAUUUUAGAAAAUAAUCCUACAGAAGCAAAUGAAAAUACACCAAGAAGAGACAGAGGGAAAAAAGUUCAUUUUGAACUUGAGGAAGCCAGUUCUGCUUCUCUCAGAGGAAAACACGUUUUAUCUGAAGGUAAUGAUAAAGACCAAAAUGAGACUUCAGAAAACUUUCCUUCCCAAGCAAAUGAAAAUCUCUCAAGAAGGGGCAGAAGGAAAGAAGUAGAUCUCACACCAGAUAAGGUUAGUUCCACUUCUCUUAGAAAAAAAGACAGCUUGCCAGAAAGUGAUGCCAAAAAAGACCAAGAUGCAGCUUUGGAAUCUACUGCUUCCCCUACAAAAGAGAAUACAUCCAGAAGGGGCAGAAGGAAACAGGUUGAUCAUAAAGUGCUGGCAGCUAACUCCACUUCUUUUGGAGGAAAAUGCACCUUGCCAGGAGAUAGCAGUAAAGAAGAGAUGUCAGAAAGUCAAAAUGUGCCUUUUGAAGCUAUUGUUUUGCCUACAAAAGAGAAGCUAUCAAGAAGGGGCAGAAGGAACCAAGUUUCUCUCACAUCUCAGGCAGCUAAUUGCACUUCUCUCAGAGGAAAACGUAACUGGACAGAAAAUGAUGAUAAAGAUGCGAUUCCUAAAGACCAAAACGUGCCUUUGGGAAGUACUACUUCUCAGGCAAAAGUGAAUCCAUCAAGAAAGGGCAGAAGGCAACAGGUUGAACUCACAACACAGGCAGCUAGUUCCACUUCUCUCCAAGGAAAAAGCAGCUUGCCAGAAAAUGAUGAUAAAGAGAAGGUUCCUAAAGAAGACCAAAAUGUGCCUUUGGAAAAUACUACCGAGGCAAAAGCUAAUCCACCCAGAAAGGGCAGAUGGAAACAGGUUGAUCUCACAAGACAAGCAGCUAGUUCCACUUCUCUCCGAGGAAAAAGCAGCUUGCCAGAAAAUGAUGAUAAAGAGAAGGUUCCUAAAGAAGACCAAAAUGUGCCUUUGGGAAAUACUACUGAGGCAAAAGCUAAUCCACCCAGAAAGGGCAGACGGAAACAGAUUGAUCUCACAACACAGGCAGCUAGUUCCACUUCUCUCCGAGGAAAAAGCAGCUUGCCAGAAAAUGAUGGUAAAGAGAAGGUUCCUAAAGAAGACCAAAAUGUGCCUUUGGGAAAUACUACUGAGCCAAAAGCUAAUCCACCAAGAAAGGGCAGACGGAAACAGGUUGAUCUCACAACACAAGCAGCUAGUUCCACUUCUCUCCGAGGAAAAACCAGCUUGCCAGAAAAUGAUAAUAAAGAGAAGGUUUCUAAAGAAGACCAAAAUGUGCCUUUGGAAAAUAUUACUUCCCAGGCAUCAAAAAAGGGCAGAAGAAAACAGGCUGAUCUCACAACACAGGCAGCUAGUUCCACUUCUCUCCGAGGAAAAAGCAGCUUGCCAGAAAAUGAUGGUAAAGAGAAGGUUCCUAAAGAAGACCAAAAUGUGCCGUUGGUAAAUACUACUGAGGCAAAAGCUAAUCCACCAAGAAAGGGCAGACGGAAACAGGUUGAUCUCACAACACAAGCAGCUAGUUCCACUUCUCUCCGAGGAAAAACCAGCUUGCCAGAAAAUGAUGAUAAAGAGAAGGUUCCUAAAGAAGACCAAAAUGUGCCUUUGGAAAAUAUUACUUCCCAGGCAUCAAAAAAGGGCAGAAGAAAACAGGUUGAUCUCACAACACAGGCAGCUAGUUCUACUUCUCUCCAAGGAAAAAGCAGCUUGCCAGAAAAUGGUGGUAAAGAGAAGGUUCCUAAAGAAAACCAAAAUGUGCCUUUGGGAAAUACUACUGAGGCAAAAGCUAAUCCACCCAGAAUGGGCAGACGGAAACAGGUUGAUCUCACAACACAGGCAGCUAGUUCCACUUCUCUCCGAGGAAAAACCAGCUUGCCAGAAAAUGAUGAUAAAGAGAAGGUUCCUAAAGAAGACCAAAAUGUGCCUUUGGAAAAUAUUACUUCCCAGGCAUCAAAAAAGGGCAGAAGAAAACAGGUUGAUCUCACAACACAGGCCGCUAGUUCCACUUCUCUCCGAGGAAAAAGCAGCUUGCCAGAAAAUGAUGGUGAAGAGAAGGUUCCUAAAGAACACCAAAAUGUGCCUUUGGGAAAUACUGCUGAGGUAAAAGCUAAUCCACCCAGAAGGGGCAGACGGAAACAGGUUGAUCUCACAACACAGGCAGCUAGUUCCACUUCUCUCCGAGGAAAAGGCAGCUUGCCAGAAAAUGAUGGUGAAGAGAAGGUUCCUAAAGAACACCAAAAUGUGCCUUUGGGAAAUACUACUGAGGUAAAAGCUAAUCCACCCAGAAGGGGCAGACGGAAACAGGUUGAUCUCACAACACAGGCAGCUAGUUCCACUUCUCUCCGAGGAAAAGGCAGCUUGCCAGAAAAUGAUAAAGAGAAGGUUCCUAAAGAAGACCAAAAUGUGCCUUUGGGAAAUAUUACUUCCCAGGCAUCAAAAAAGGGCAGAAGAAAACAGGUUGAUCUCACAUCUCAAGUAGCUAGUUCCACUUCUCUCAGGGAAAAACGCCACUUGCCAGAGGAUGAAAAGGCAGCCAAAAAAUUAAAAUCAGAGUAUGGUCAAAGUAUAACUCUGCAGAAAGAAACAAGAAACAAAACUAAAGGAGAACUUGGCAAAGGUGAUAUAAGCAUGAUUCAGAGUGCUGGAGGAACAGAAAGGAAAACAAGAGCAAGUGCAAGAACAAGAAAAUAACCUCCUUAAUAGUUGUAGAACCAGUUUUGAAAUGUUUUCAGUAUUUGAUUUUGCAGUUUUUUUAUGUAAAUGGAUGAGCACUUAGAUUUGAUAGAGUUGUAAAGCAUUCAGUGAAUUUAGGUAUAAUGGAGAUAUGUUUAUCUGUUUAUAUAAGUAGAAGUGAUACCUCUUUUAAUGGCAUAAUUCAGCUAAAUAUAUUUGCUUUCCAAACUGUGGUGAGCUUGUGCAAAAUUACAGCAACUAAAAAAACUUUCUGUGCCAACACUGAUGCCUCCUUUCACUGAUGAUCAUUUCAGCAGUCUGGAAGUUGUAUUACUUUGCUGAAUCUGCCCAUAUGUAAUUGUAUGUUCUUAUCUAGUUAGCUUAAUUUUGGGAUACUAAAGUUUUAUAUUUUCAUGAAAAUUCUGUAAAUAUCCUUUUUAAAAAAAUCUACAGGUUUUUAUUGGCAAAACUAUUAUGUGGGAAUUCUGAUUUAACAGCUUAAAUUGACUACUGCAAAAAAUGCAAAUAGAUUUUUAUAAGAGUUAAUAAAUUUUGUAAAUGUUAA